AUGGAUGAGGCCUUGACUGUUUUCUUACUAAAAGGUUAUUUGUGCGCGUUUUGCGCUUGUUUAUUACCAGUGGAGCUAUUCGCGCAGUCAGCUCCGGAGUGUUACCCCGGAGGGCACCGGCUGCUGCGCGAUCCGCAUCGGAGCGUGGACUUCGACUCCACGGAGCUGCAGAACACGGCCAUCCAGGACGUGAUCUGUGACCACUCGCUGCCGGCUGGAUGGUACCGGUUCAGCAUCGGCAACAGGGCCGCCGAGAUGCCAACGCGUUGCGUGGAGAUGAACCACUGUGGGACCCAGGCUCCGGUGUGGCUAUCCCUCACGGAUACGCCGCUUCCCAUUCCCGGCCAGGCUAGCCAGAUGACGGCCUGUGCCACCUGGCAGUUCUUCCACCGCAGCACCAAGGACUGCUGCCUGUUCCGCAUCCCCGUCACCGUGCGCAACUGCGGCCACUUCCUCCUCUACUUCCUGGAGCCCACGCAGGGAUGCAUGGGCUACUGUGCCCAAGUCAUUUCAGAGUUCACGCCGAAAGCAUGUCCAGCCAGUGAAGUGGAAGUCAACGGAGUGUGUACAGCCAGGCCACCCCCGCUGCCAGGCCAGCCCCAGCUGAGCGCAGAGCUGGCAGGCAGCAGCGUGCAGCUUCGUUGUUCCUACAACGCUGCCCCCGGCGCCGGCCUGCUGGUCUACACUGUGGUGUGGGUGCGCUACACCUCAGCCAGCAUGAAGGUGGAGCUGAGGAGGGACACGACCGCUCGGCUGCAUGCCCUCGUGGAGAUGGAUGGAGUUCAUUUCAGAUUGGGCGAAACGUACUCCUGCAGCGUGUCCACGCACCUGAUCAACUCCUCGACCGUCCAGUCUGCCCCCAGAGAAAGCGCAGGGUUUUUCGCUGGAAUUAAGUUUGUUCCAGACGCUCUGCACAUCCGCGAGGAUGGCAAGGAACACUCGCUCGUGGUGCACAGCUCCGUGCCGAUCUCCUGUUACGGAUCGGAGCCAGGCUGCUGCUGCAGUCUCCCCUUAGCGCUCAGCGUGCGCGAGGCAGACGGCGUGAUGUCGGCAACGCCGAACGUGGCGCUGUCCUCCUGUCGGCUGGAGCUCGCGUCCCAGGCGUGCCGCGGCGGCGUGUGCGCGCGCGCUGCCGUCGCCCUCACCGCGGUAACCGAUUUCACUCGCGACGGAAACCGAGCGAGCCUGCUGAGCGCGCGGCCCGCCGGCGGUAGCCCGCGACUUUGGCGAGGAUACGCGCCCACGCCCGUGAAGGUCACGGUUCAGGAUGUCCCCACCAGCAGCUGUUACUCCCUCACCGAUCCACACAUUCUCACCUUCGACGGCAGACGCUUUGACAACCGGCAGACUGGGACGUUCGUGCUGUGCAGGAGCGCCAGCCGAGCGUUUGAGGUCCACGUGCGGCAGCAGGACUGUGGUGGCCGCCAUUACCCCGUCACCUGCACCUGCGGACUAGCGGCGCGGGAGGGCAACCAGGUCGUGACCUUCGACAUGUGCAGGGGCCAGCUGCAAGAGACACGCCCCCAGCUGUUCAUUAAGAAUUUGGGACCUCCCUUGGCCAAUGAGGUUAAGAUUCUCGAGACACAUCGGGGCAAAAAAGUGACGGUGCUGUUCCCCUCCGGGGCGUUUGUGAGAGCGGAUGUGCACGACCGGGGCAUGAGCGUGUCCGUGCGCGUCCCCAGCCGGGACUUCAACGGCACGCGAGGCCUGUGCGGCACCUUCGACGGAAACAGCCAGAACGACCUCCAUAGUCCGGACGGCACCGCCUACCAGAGCGGAGAGCUGGACCUCUUCAUACAGGACUGGAGGGUUGCGCCGGGGGAGAGCCUGUUUGACCGCACCCCCCCUGCCGAGGCUGGGCCGUCCGAGCGGCCUUUCUGCGCCUGCCAGGGUGGAUACGGCCCCGCCCCCGGCUCUCGGGAGGACCUGUCCGCUCUGUUCGAGCCUCAGCCUGCCCCCUGCUGUCUCUCCCGUGACCACGUGGACCGCGCCUUCCUCUUCCCAUCCAGAGACGUCACAGCUGAGCACACGGCCGACGCCCACCUGCAGCGGACGGCCGCGCUCUCGGCAGAGGAGCUCCGGGUGGACUCGCUGUUUGAGCCCGUGACCCCUCGCUCCAGAGAAUCCGCGCCUCACCCACCCGGGACACGAAGCUCCGUCACCCAGUGGCGCGCCCAGACGACCCCCAGCCUGACCCGCGUGGACCUGCCGGGCUCCCAGGAGGACCAACUGUCGUCCCCGCGCCCGGCGGACACCAUCGCCCCCUGGCCUGCGCCCGACACCCUCGCCUCAGCCCGGGCGCUGGAGCUCUGCCGGGCGUCCCUGCUUGGCUCCGCGGUGGGCGUGGUCUGCGCCGGGCUCCUGGGCCGUCGGCUGGAGGAGGCCGUGGGCCUGUGCGUCCUGGACCUGCGGAUGAAGGACGACCCGGCCCGGGCGGACGCGCUGCUGCCCUUCCUAGAGAAUGAAUGCGAGAGAUGGUGGCUGGAGCUCCGCGCUCAGCAUCCGCCCGUCGCCGCGGCGACGCCGGACGUGCGCGCGGCCCUGCGGUGCCCCAACGCGUGCAGUGGUGACGGCCGGUGCAAGGAAGGGGGUUGCCGUUGCCGUCCGGGACGCGACGGCCAUGACUCCGGCCUCGCCGUCAGCCAGUCCAUCGAGCUCACUGAUUUAGAGAACAACGGUCUGUGUAAUGUCCGGACGCACCACUGCGACAACGUGAGAGUGUUCGGCCUGGGCUUCAUCGAGUCCGAGCGCCUGAUCUGCCUCGUCACCAGAUUCAUGCGCGUGAAAGGGGCGUGGUCCGGCGGACGUGAGCAGCGCGCCAGAGCCUCGUUCAUCAGCUCCAAAGCCGUCGACUGCGCCGUUCCCCCGGCCGGCGGUGCGACCUCUGACCCCGCGGGCCCCCUGCAGGCGUAUUCCCGAUGGGAGAUAAAAGUAUCUAAUGACGGCAGUGCAUCCAGUAACGGGAAGGUUCUGACAAUCUUUGAUGGUGGGUGUCAGCAGUGUGUGCCUUCUGGGCUCUGUAAAUUAAAGGAGAGCACAUGUAACAUAGAGGGGAUGUGUUUUGCGGACAGGGCAGUGAGUCCCUCCAGCCCGUGUCUGUUGUGUAACUCCACCGUGUCCAAAUACACCUGGUCCCUCAAUCAAGAGAACCAGCCGCCCAAAUUCCUGGCACCGGCGGAGGGACUGCGCGCCUUCGCCGGGGAGGCCUUCGUGUUCCAGCUGGCGGCGGCGGACGCUGAGGGCUCGGCCGUGCUCUUCCAGCUGGAGGCGGGGCCUCCCGUGGCCUCGCUCGGCGCGGCCGGCCUCCUCGUCUGGCGCGCGGAGACGGUGGCGGAGGGAGACCAGAGCUUCCGGUUCAGCGUCUUGGACGAGUGUGGCGCCCAGAGCAGAUACACGGUGGAGGUGAGCGUGAGGCCUUGCGACUGCGCAAACGGCGGGACGUGCGUGACCAACGUCAACCUCCCGGCAGGGCGUGGCGAGUAUCUGUGUGUGUGCCCACCCGGUUUCCACGGCGACCUCUGCCAGGACAAGGCGGACUUCUGUGCGUCGAAACCUUGCGGGCCGGGGGAGUGUGUGAACAAGCAGGACAAAUUCUUGUGCCUGUGCCCAGCUGGUCGGAAAGGAUGUACCUUCCCACCUCACUUCUUCAAGUACACACUCGGCUCCGGCGAUGAGUGGUAUGGCGAAGACGAUCGGGACUUUCGAGACCUUCGAGUCGGUGUGGCGCUUUCUGCGACGCGCCGUUCGGUGCUCCUGAAUUACUCAGCUGUGGUGGAGUUACCCCAGGCCAAACCCAGCAACCGGGAGACAUCAUGCCAAGCUUACUGUGUUGUGGUGGAUGGCCUGACAUGCCAGGAGGACAUAAACGAGUGUGAGCGCGUGCCUUGUUUCCGUGGCGUCCCCUGUACCAACACCUUCGGCUCUUUCACCUGCAGCGGCUGCCCGCACGGCAUGUUGGGAGACGGCAUCACCUGCACAGAGCAUGGCACAGCCCCAAUCCCGACUCCAAUCAACACCAUCCUGUCCCUGUCCCUGAACACCACAGUCCGGGCUCAAUCCUCGAAUGGAAAAGUCCCAGCCCCAUCCCCGAAUGGAACAGUCCUGCCCCUUUGCCCGAAUGGAACAAUUCCUGCUCCAUCCUCCAACGGAAUAGCUCCAGCUCAGACCCUGAUCCACCCAGUGCCAGUCCAAACCUCCAGCUCUGCACUCCUGGCCGAGAACUUGGCCACCAAGCCAUCUUCCAACAGCCACAAACCGGGCAAGUCCCUUGUCCUGUCUGGGUCUUUGAUCUCGUCAUGUCCAUGGCCGAUUUUAAUGAAUUCUGAGCUAACACAACAUGGAGACCGAAACAUUGACCGCGAAGGAGCUGGUGGGAAGAACAGAGACAGUGGGCGGAGACAGAGACAGUGGGCGGGGACAGAGACAGUGGGCGGAGUGAGCGUGACGGGCGGCGUAGGAGAGAAGAGACAGGAUGAAGGAGCUCCUGACGCACGGAACAUGACGGCCAGGUGUGCGAGCAGACCGUGUUUCCCCGGCGUCCAGUGCAUCGACCUGCGUCCACCAUAUGUCGGCUACGUCUGCGGGCGCUGCCCGCCGGGCUACCACGGCAAUGGGCGCACCUGCACAAAGCAUGCGAUAAUCAGCCAAAUGGACACCGGCAAAACAAAACACAGCACCGCGGCCGAGACGCCGUGGCACAUCACAGUCACCUAUGAGUUCACGGUCUCCCGGAGAGACAGAUUCGUGUGGCCAGGCCGUAGCUCUCUGGCUCAGAUGGUCUUCAUCCAUUUGUCUGUGGCCAAUGUGACAGAGCAACUCUCCUUGAAACCAGACUUUCACCUGCCCACCACAUCAGUGAGAGAACCCAUCACCUCCAUUAGACACUCAAAUAUCUCUCCAAGGUCACCCCAUCUUCACGUGCCCUCCUCACCAAUCAGGGAGCACCACAAACGCCCAUCGCUGCCUGCCAGGACCCCAGCCCCACAGGCUCUCAGUCACAGGCCCCUCCCUCCGACCCCUCCACCAAUCACAGACAGGAGGGAUACGGCAGUGCGGGGUUUACGAUACACACCCAGUAGCGGGCGCGGCCUGCCUUCGCGCACUCGCGUGCACCUCGGUGCCCAUCACAGCGUGUCCCCAAAAGCGAGCCCACCUCACACCUCAAAGGUCAGCAGUGCUUUGGAACGGGCGGUACAGAAACCCGGCCGGGUCACGCCCUCCGCCGAUCCCAGCCGGCCGACCAGAGCCGCACUGACCCCCGUGAAUUUCUCCGACUACGAGUUCUCUGCAGACGGAGCCCUGGAUGGUGGUGCGGAGGAGGCCCACGACCUCCGACCUCCAGCCCAGGAGAGCUGGCCCACCCCGGGCAGGCAGAGCCGCAUCCUGCCGCAGAGCUUCAGCCCGGGCUCCACCCAUCUCUUCCACCGUGGGCGGAGCCCUGUCCCAGCACAGGUGCAGGACAGGAGCGUCACCUGUGCAGGUGUUGCCUGCUUCCCUGGUGUACAGUGCGAGCGUGUGGGAGAGGCGGCCCUCAGGUGUGGCCGAUGUCCUCUGGGCUACACAGGAAACGGGAGAGUUUGCAGAGCUGUAUGCAGGCACGCGUGUACACAAAACAUGGAGUGUGUGGCGCCAAACACCUGCCGCUGUAAACAAGGAUACGCUGGCCUGAACUGUCAAACAGCUGUCUGCAGACCGGCCUGUCAGAACGGAGGGGUGUGCAUCGCUCCGGGAGUGUGUGACUGCACACAGGGUUAUCAUGGAGACACAUGCGAGAACGCUCUCUGUACCUCACCGUGUGUGAACGGGGGCACCUGUGUGAGGCAGGACACCUGCUCCUGUCGCUAUGGGUUUGUUGGCCCCAGAUGUGAGACAAUGAUGUGUAACCGCCACUGUCAAAACAGAGGCCAGUGUGUGUCGCCUGAUGAGUGUGAGUGUCUGCUAGGUUGGACGGGACCUUCAUGUGAAACAGCUCUGUGCGAUCCCGUAUGCCUGAACGGAGGGGUGUGUGUGCAGCCAAACUCCUGUUUCUGCCAGCAGGGCUUCUACGGAGCUCAGUGUCAAAAUGCUAUCUGCAGUUCCCCCUGUAGGAACGGAGGUGUGUGUGUGCGGAACGGUGUGUGCUCCUGUCCAGAAGGCUACUCCGGCACCCAGUGCGAGAAGAGUGUGUGCGAGCCCGUGUGCAUGAAUGGCGGCAGGUGCAUGGGCCCGGGUGUGUGUGACUGCGGGUCAGAUUGGAGAGGCCCGAGGUGUGACAAGCCGACAUGUCUUCAGAAGUGUUUAAAUGGAGGAGAGUGUGUGGGCCCCAACAGAUGCCACUGCAGUGCUGGAUGGCAGGGGACACUGUGCCAAACACCGGUGUGCAAGCAGAGGUGUGCGUUUGGCAGUCGGUGUGUGAGGCCCAACGUGUGUGCCUGCCGGAUGGGAUACACAGGUCCGCUGUGCGCUAGCAAGCUUCCUGUUCAUCGAGGAGGAGGAGGGGAGGCCCGCGUAGUGAUGACACCGGCCACACGUCUGAGUGCAUAGCAACCAGACCCAGUUACCAUGUUACCACUGUCAACCUGUAAAUGUCUACAGUCUGUAUGUAAAUUACAUUCUGUGGUUUUUAAAGUGAAAAUACAGUAA